AUGAUUGAAAAUUAUUAUAAAGACAACUCGAAAUUCAGAGAUACAAAAACAAAUAAAGGAAUUGAGAGAUAAAUAUCUCUUCUUAACCAAAAUCUUAAAAUGCAAGCAUUAAAGGUUAUGCUUUAAUAAACAAUUGGAAAAUAGGAAGAAUUUUAUGAUUACCAUAAUCUCAAUAUUUCAAAAUUUUAAUUGCAUACAAAAUUAUUUUAAAUAUAGCUCGGACCCUAUCAGAAUCCCCAAAAAGUAAAUUCUCAUAAAUAUAAGAGAUGGAUAUUGGUUUCAAUAAUAAUAACUAAAAAUUCUGAAGUUAAUCAAUGCCCAGACUUAAAUUUUUUAGAUUGUCUAGUAAAAUACCUCCUGAAAACAUAUAUUGUUGUAUUAUAUUUUAUUAUUAUAUUUUAAUUUCCUACUUAAUUCAAUGUAAGCCUAAACUUUACCCAAUAUUACUACCAAAUCACCAUAAUCAAAACUCAAAACUCUUGAUUCGAUGUUAAAUGCUCAAAUAAAAAUCAGAUAACCAAAAGACAUUGGUUUCAAGACUUUACCAAAUAAUAAAACCAACAUUUCAUUUCUCAGGAAUGAAAAAUUCGAAACUCGUUAAGAUGUAAAAUGACAUAUAUUUUUCAGCAAUACUAUAGCUCACCCUUAUUAACAAAGUCUUAGAUAACAGAAGUUGAAGUAUAAAACAGAUAGAGUAGAAAUGAUUUCUAUUCUUAAAUGCUCAGCGAUAAUCCCUAUAAAUACAAUGAAUAUAGUGAGAUUGAUCAAGACUAUAACAAAAGUAUGAAUCCAUAUUGAACCAUUAGAAAUUUCAGAUAUCAAUGUCAAUUUAUUGGAUAUGAGAAACAAAGAUAAGAUUAAAGAAUUCCUAUAGGAAUCUGCUUCUUUUUCCAAUCAUCUCUCUACUCAUACUUAAAGGUUGAAAAAAGUAAAUGUGCUCACUCAAAGGCAAGAUGUUAUCAAAUUGGCUUAAUGGCUUGAUUAUUAGAUGUAACAGGUAGUCUCUAAUAAGAAAAUGAUGUAAUAGUAAUAACUAAGAGAAAUUGAAAAGAUAUUUAACCUAAGUUUAAAAGAGUUGGUGCGAGAAAUAUCAUUAGAUUGUGUUGAAAAAAGGUAUAAUCUCAUCAUUAGGUAGUGUACUACUAGAGAAAAUAUGGAAUCAAUAUGUUAAUUACAAUACAUUCCUACUUAAAUCAUUAGAUGAUGAGAAGAACAAUCAGGAAAAUGAAUAUCUAUAGCAACUCAAAUCAGUAUUAUUAAUAUUUUAAAUAAUUUAGUUGCAUUAAACAUAUUAGAAUUCUGUUAAAUUUUUAGAGGAUAAAUUAAAAUAAAUAGAUGAUGAAUUUAAUUCAUUAAGCACUAAAUUUGAAAGAAAGAAGUUUAAACUUAAAAAUAUUAAAGAUAACUUCUUUAGCAUAUAAGAAUAAAAGAAAGAAAUUGAAUAAGAAGUUGAGUAUCUUAAGAAUUAGAGAAGAGAUUUAUUGGAGAUUAAAGAAGCACUCUAAAAUUAAGUUGAGAAUUUGACCUAAGAAAAUGAAAGAUUAUAAACAGCAAUCUAUUAGAAAUCCUAGGAGUUGAGAACAGCCAAAACAAAGCGUUACUCUCAGAUAUCUAUUGAUAGUUGUUUGAGUGAAUAAAAUCACAAAGGGACAACUAUGGAAGAUUUCUCUGAAAUGAUGUCAAUCAAAAAAGAAAAAUAUACUUAGACUUUGGAUCAUGAUAAAAUAAAAAUCUCAACUGCUAAUCAAACUGACAUCAAAUUCAUUUUUCAUCAAGGCACUCAAACUGGUUUGCAUAAUGAAGAUGAGUAUUACGAACCACACACUUCCGAUAAUCAUGAUUAAAUGAAAAGAUUAUUAGAUUAAAAGUAUGACUUAGAAGAAAAACUGAAGUUAUCUAAUAACAUAAUAACAGAAUUACAAAGAACUAAACAACAUCUAAUCAGAGAACAUGAAAUAAAUUCUCAUAAAAUCUCAUCAUAAGUAAUCAAUCAUACAUUAUAUAUAGGAAAUAUCUCUAUCAGCUCUCUAAAAAGAAAUAGAAAGACUUUAAUCUGAAUUAUAAUCAUUAUUACAAAGCAGACAAUAAAAAAAGAGGAUUAUUGUCUCCCUUGAAGAAAAUAAUGGAGAGUAAAUGUCAUUAGGACCAGUCAGAGAAUAAUAAAGGACUCCUUAAAACACAAUGGAAAAAUUAGUAGAUAAAAAUAAUCUAAAUAAUAAUUAGAAAUCAAAAUAAUAAAAUUAACUAUAAUAAUAACAAUAAGAUAAUAGUAUAAAAAAUGGGAAAAAUGAUAAGACUGAAAAGACCUAGGGAUAAAACAGUAAUUUUACAAGCCAUAAUGCGAGUUAAACUAAUUCGUAAAAUUAAACACCUUUAAACAAAGAAUUAUCUAAUAAUACAGCUUCAAAAAUAUAGACAUCCAACUCAAAUAACUAAUAAUCAUAAGGCAAAUUAACACUCCAUUAAAAGAAACCUUCAGAUAAUGUAAAAUCGACUUCUCAUAAUGUUAACUCAAACUAAAAAUAAUCAAAAGUUUAAAAUUAUAAAAAGCCAAACGGUGAAUAAAUAAACGCUUAGUAAAAUGGUCAAUAAAACAAUUAAAUUAAUUAAGGAGUCUAAAAAUUAAGUAAUUAAUAUGCAUAAUAAUAAUUAGGAUACGAUACAAAUUAAAUAGGAUAAGUAGAUAAAGUUUAAGAGUCAUCAAAUAAAGAAUAGGAUCAACUUAAUUCAUCUCAAAUUAGAAAUACACUAUUAAAUUUAAAUGAAGUGAACAACGAUGAUGAUUAAUUUGGAGAAAAUCUAAUUGAUUAAAAUAACUAAAAUGAAUAAGUGUUCAAGAGAUCUAGCACAAAGAAAUUAUCAUAUAAAUUUAAUAAUUCACAACCAAAUUCUUAAAAUAAUUCAAUUUAUGUUAAUCAACGUAAUUUUACACAAUAUUUUAGUCUAAAGAAAAGGAUCUUAUCUUACCCCCCCUGCACCUGAAACAAAAACUAUUAGAGAUAAGGAAUAACAGUUAAAAGAAACUGCUCUAGAAUUCAUUAAAUAAUUUGUUUAAACAAUCAAGUAUAUCAUUUAUCUAUUUAGUUUAUAACAUCCAGAGAAUAUUGAAUAGACAAUGCAACUUUAAAACGUUUUUAAAUUGAUAACACAAUUCUACAAAGAAAGACUAGAAAGAAAAUAACCAAUUUAUGUUAUUUGUUAUGAAUUCUAUAUGAAUACUUUUGGAUUGAAAUAAAUAGCUGAGAAUAAGUUAACUAUGCUGUGUUAGGCAGUGAUAUUUUAUAGAACCAUCCCCAGAGUUAGACUAUUUUCUAGGUUUCUAUAAAUUUAGGAUCCCAUCAAUGAUGAAGAUUUGGAUUUCUAUUUCUCAACUCUAUAACAUUUGGAUGUACAAUAGAAAUCAGAAAAUCUCAUCUCAUGCACUCAAAACUAUGAAGGCGUUCUGGUUUUAUACGAUAAAGCUUUGGAUCAAUUAGCAUCUUUAGAAGAACAUAUAAUUGAAAUCUAAUCAAAAUUUAAAUCUUAGAUCUAAAUUCUUAACGGAAAUAGAUACAUAGAUUUAGAUUUAUUUUUUAUGGAAUCAUUACAAUAAUUCUAAUUGAUGAAAAAAAUUCAUUAGGAUAACUUUAAGGAAUUAUUCUAAGCAGUUGAUAUUAAUGAUGAUGAUUCAAUAAGUAUCGAGGAAUUUACUAUUUUAUUUAACCUAAUAGAAGAAGGAUAAAAGGAUUAACAAAUGUUUAUUUAAAAGUUUAUCGAAACUUGUGGCAAUUCAGAUGGUCUCUCUUUCUAUUAAUUUGGCAUGUUUUGUAUGUCAAAUUAAUUAUUUCAAAAAGAUAAAUAAGAUGCAUUUCUAUAAUACAACAAUGAGCAAUUCAAAAUAUUAUAGAGUAAAUGGAACGAGUAGAGAAAAUAACUAACACAGAGAUUAAAAGAAAAUCUAGUUUUUACAGAAUAUUAUUAGAAUCUAGUAAGAAAACUGGAUGAUGUAAAUAUUCCUUAUCUAAUAUAUAGUCACUUAAAAACAACCAUCCCUAUUCUUGGUUGUUAUGGAGAAUAUUAGAGGAACAAUGCAAAAGACUUACUGCUUAAAGUAAAUGA